ACGUCAAGUGCGCGCAUGCGUGGACCGAUCGGGUGACAAAGCAAGAUGGCGUCUGACGGAGAAGUCCUAAACGCGGGCAUUAUAUUUCUGUAUUCUUACAUAUAUGUUGUUUAAUAGAGUACACGCGGUUAUUAAUUGUUUGUAGCCGGAUACAUUAGUCUGAGCGCACUUUGACACUUCUCCGGUUGGCUAACUUCAUUUAAGUUAGUUUGCAGCUAGUUUAGCUGGCUAGUUAGCUUAGCUUGUUAGCUGCUAACAAAGAGACGCGGAAGUUAUUUAAACAUCGCUAAGUAGGGAACUAAUGUGAGUGUGAAGUGUUGUGAUUGUGUGAAAAUGUGCGAAAGAACGAUAGCAAAGUAUGAGGAGGAACUUUGGCCAACAAAAAAGGAGAUGGAGCGACAACAUCAACUAUUGGAUGUUUAUUAUAAGAAACAUCAUCAAGUUGUGUUACACAGAACAGACGUCUGUGAAGAACAACUUCUGCCUGAAAAACAGGAGUGUAGUUUCAAGAUGGUGAAAGAAGAUCCCUCAAAGAGGAAGACCAUGUGCCACGGACCCUCUGGCGUCUCCUUUUCCUCUUUGACACAAACCAUUUUCUGUAAAAAGAAAGAGGAAGACUCACUGACCCCCCACAUUAAAGAGGAAGAGGAGGAACACAGCAUCAGUCAGGAGGGAGAGCAUCUUGAAGGACUGGUGGAGUUCCCAGUGACUGGUGUCCCUGUGAAGAGUGAAGAUGAUGAGGUCAAAGGUGAAAGUGAGGAGAGGGGAGGGGCGGAGCCUCCAAGCAGCAGCUCAACACAACACAUGACAACAGAAGCUGAUGGAGACCACUGUGGAGGAUCACAAGCAGACAAGCUCUUAGCUCCACUAUCAGAUAGUGAGGACACAACGUCACACUCUCCUGACACUGAUGAUGAAGACUCUAAAGAUGAUAAGACAUGUCACACUGACAACACUCACUUCACAUGUUCUCACUGUGACAAAACCUUUAAAUACCAUUGUCAUCUGAAAGUACACAUGAGAACACACACUGGAGAAAAAUUUUUUAUCUGUUCGAUCUGUAGUAAAGGUUUUGUAGAAAGUCACAAUUUGAAAGUACACAUGAGAACACACACAGGAGAAAAACCUUUUUGUUGUUCAAUCUGUGGUAAAGGUUUUGCACAAAGUUCAUGUAUGGUAAAACACAGAAGAAGACACACUGGAGACAAAUCUUUUAUCUGUUCAAUAUGUGGUAAAGGUUUUGUUAUAAGUAACAAUUUGAAAGCGCACAUGAGAAUACACACCGUAGAAAAAGGUUUUAUUUGUUCAAUAUGUGGUAAAGGUUUUGUAGAAAGUCGCUAUUUGAAAGUACACAUGAGAACACAUACUGGUGAAAAACCUUUUAUCUGUUCAAUCUGUGGCUCAUCUUUUACAAGGAAGGACAUUUUGAAAGUCCACAUGAGAACACACACUGGUGAAAAACCUUUUUCCUGUUCAACUUGUGGUAAAGGUUUUAUACAAAGUCGUUGUUUGAAAAGACACAAAAGAACACACACUGGCGAAAAAUCACAUUCCUGUUCAAUCUGCAACAGAAGCUUUUGUGACCGAUCAAACCUUGUAGCACACAUGAGAACACACCCAGGAGAGAAAGUAUUAAGUUGCAGUGUGUGUGGUGAAAGAUUCUCUUCUAAGUACCAGUGUAAGAAACACAAGUGUGCUGGUGAGAACAGCAGCAGCAAAUGAAACUGCAGGAUUUGAAAUAAACUGUCAAGACUUUAAUUUUGACUUUCUAACAACAUCAGCACAUAUAACAUGUGUGACAUUGUUGUUUUUGUAACAAUCUUUUUAAAUGCUCCUACAAUUUAUAAAUUAGAUGUUUUAUAUUAGUGCUUUUUUCCAGUCGAGUACAUGCAUUAAUAUGCAACAUUGUGUACUUUUAUUAAAAAUUAAAUGGAAAAAUUUGACUGAAAAGGUGAGAGUAAACACUACAACACAUUUUACAAACAAUUUUUUUAUAUGUAUAUAUAUUCGCAAUACAAUUUUAGACUUAUUCAUAAUAGUGUUUUUUAUAGGUCUUUGACAUAUUGAAGCGUUAUAUAUAUUUAUUUCUAAUUGUUAAUGAUCCCAUAUAUUACCACCUUUAUAUGAUGUACAUAUAAUAUACAAUAUAGAAAAGUGCUAUACAAGUAUAACCCAUUUAUCAUGUAUUAUCAUUUAUUUGUACUAGUUCACAUCUGAAACAUUUUUUGGACCACUUUAGGAAGCAUAUUAUUAUUAACUUUAUACAUCAUGAACAGUUGUCUUUUAUACAUUUUAAAAUGUAUGACUUUAUGAAUCAUUUGUUGGGUUUCUACAAUCCAUUUAGUUAAUAAUCCUUAUUACUCUCUUUUAUAAUAUGAGGAUUGUGUUGUGAUUGUUUUAUAUGUAUGUCCCCAGACCUUUAUUCAAUAUGAAAGUGAAAGAAAAUGGUUCAAUUGUCUGUGGAAGGAUGUUUUUGUUUUUACAGAGUUACAAUUGUAGAUAAAUAAAUUAAAAAAUCACAUUGUUGGGUUUUAAA